UUUCCAUUAACGCAACAACAUCGGGUCGUGUGGUUGUAUGUCUUGUCUGGACUGUGCAGAACUGACAAACAUACAGUUUUUUCCUGCUUCGGAAAACGUUAAUUCGUGUAAUGGAACCACUGUGCAAACGCAGAAAGGCGUCAGAAUGUGAAACUGUGGCCUGGGACGUUUCCCCCGUACUUUCGGAUGAACAGUCCCAGGACACCGCGUUACUGGAAGCCUACGCUGCUCCCAUCAUCAACAGGAAAGAAACCUCUCGCCUCGUGAAGGAGCUGUCCUCCGUCUACCCGCUGCCCGGUGUUCAACACAUCAAGAGAGUGCGAGCAUGCAAGGAUAGUGGCAGCCUCCAUCCUUUAGAAAUCAUCGUGUGUUUGGUACGAGAUGUACAACCGACCAACGACAGCAAUGAUUUGUCCAUCUCAGCCUUGCUCCCCUCAGACAGAGUGGAUUGUCGUGGAUUAGGGGAACCAUUCCUGGUAAAAAUCCCUGCACAUCCCCCAUUAACCAGACCCCAGUUUGAACAAGCCAGCAGACACUGGCCAACAUCUUUCCAUGAGGAUAAACUGUUGACUGUGGCUUUGAAAGGACAACUGUUUACUGCUGACCAGAAAGCAAAGAUGCAGCUAUUUAUGAUGGGCGCCAUAACAGCAGCAAAAGCGACACAAGUGCUGGGGAUGGAUGCUGUUGGUGCCGUCAUUGUUGAUCCACAGAGUGAGAGUGUACUUGCUACAGGUCAUGACUGCAGGGGUGGCACGAACCCUUUGCAUCACGCCGUUAUGGUCUGCAUUGAUCUUGUGGCUCAGGGCCAAGGGGGUGGGACUUACAAGUUUGACAGAUACCCCAGCUGUCAGUUUUCAGCCCCAACUUUACCACCUCACCAAAGCAGCAGAGAAAUUUCCCCCUCUGUGGACUCACUUGGCUUGGAUCAAGCAGAGCAGAGCUGGGUACCUUACAUAUGUACUGGGUAUGAUCUGUAUGUGACCCGUGAGCCCUGUGUAAUGUGCGCAAUGGCAUUGGUCCACUCCAGGAUAAGCAGGGUGUUUUAUGGAGCCGCUUCAGAGGAUGGUGCUCUGGGCACCAAGUAUAAAAUACACACACAGAAGGACCUUAAUCACCAUUUUGAGGUUUUCAAAGGAGUUUUAAAGCAGGAGUGUGAGGAACUUGAACAGGGUGGCACACUAUUUCAAUAGCUUUUCAUUUUUAAAUUCAUGUGUCUUUUUUUAAAUUAAGUUGUGUUUGUAGAAUACACAAGUUAGAAUAUGUUUUCCUUCAUUACAAAAACACUUCAUUUUAAGGUUAACCUGUCCUUUUUGCACAGUUUUUUUAAAUUGACAUUAAAGGUUUUUCCAUAGUAACCACAGAAGCUAUUGCCUUGUGGUUAAUUUGAAAAUGUUAUUUAUUAAAAUUGCUAUUAGCCCACUACUUUUUAUUCAAUUUAAAGCCAGUGACAGCAAUAGCCUUCACUCAAACUGUAGUUACGGGAAGCUUGAAUAUGUGUUGAUAUCCCAAGAGCCCCACUGGCUGAAAGGAGGCCAGUGGGAACCCACUGCCACUGUAACAGGUGCACUUGACAGUGAAUGUAUAAACCGGUCCGGCACAAAUACAUAAAUGCAAGACAAA